CGCCGUCAACGGCGUCGCACACCACCAGAUCGAGAAUGUGCGACCUUCACCGUUGAGAACCUUCCUCGGAGAACAUCCAUCGAUCUAACACAUCGAGAUCUCGUCCGAAACCCAAGCCAAACGGUUCACCGCAUACCAACAUGGAUCUAUGAUAUCACUCGAACAAAUAACCGCCUACAAUCAAUCCAUCACCUCCGACAUCCAUGCAGCAGUUUCAGAUGAUAGAUCAAGAGGCAGAGAGGCUUUGAAGUACCGACUUAUAAAUCGAAAAGAAAAGGAAUAUAAAUUGGGAGCCAAAGAAACAAGACCGAAGAAGACGAUACUAGAGGAGCUACCACCCCCUGGAACACAAGCUCGUAGAGCGUAUAUAAUAUGUUUUCUUUUUCAAUUUUUACAUCUAAUACAUAAAUUCAAAUCCCAUAUAAGCUGUAUUAUCCAUCACUAUAGUCAACAGAUUUUGAAUUAAACAAUAGUUAGAAAGGACUAUAUUUUUUCAUUUAGAGUAAUUAGCAGGGCAUAUAUCGCCCAUAAUCAAUCUAACACUACAAUUAUUGGAAUGAGGCUUUAAUUAAAAAUACAUUUGAUCAAACACACAGAGAAAUAAACUAAAGACAUUAUAUAGGGGUCAACACAGGAAUUAAUGUAUAUACUGGAUACACUAUUGUUUGUAUGCGAGUGAUCUUUAUUAGAUUACUAGUUCCAAGAUAUUGGAUGCUUCAUGAGUGCGAAACUAAUCAACCUUAAUUGAAAUGAUUAGUAAAAUAGAUAAUACAAAGUCGAAACUGGUUCUUGAUGCGUGGCAUUGGACAAGUGUUUAAUUACGGACACUAUCUUUUGAAUCAUCCAAGACCAAGAUACGGGUUAGUGAUUCUUAAUUGUGUUUAAGUUAUUUGUUAAUUAAUCGUAUAUUUUAAUGUGGUAAACUUGUCAUGAAUGGAGUAAUAUAUUAAGUUAGGAGACAGAAUAACGAAGAUUGUCUAGGUUAUGCCAAACAUUAACCCUUAGCCAUGCGGAUUUCACGUGCGGCAUGCUCUACAUGCUUCUUUUAUUUUAUCUUUAGCUUUGUUAUCUUGUUCUGAAAUUAUAAAUAAUUGGAUGCAAACAACUACCAAGACAACACAAGUUCAACACUUAUUUAACUUGUUAUUUAAAAUAAUCAACCUUAUCUUAUUAUACGAAUAUCAUUCCUUUCAAAAUGAGAGUACCAUUGACAACAAACGUGAAUCUAUGUUUACAGUAAACGCAUGCUUUAUAUAUUUGGUAAGAAAAUGUAAUAAUUACGUGGGAUAUAUCAGUAAUGGACGAAUAUUUAAACUUUUAGUGGUUAGUUUCUUUAUUUUACUUGAAAAAUAUACAAUGAAUGGUAUCUUGGUUAUAAAUAUAUUGCUUGUCCCGUCGCAACAUAUAGUACGGACUGAGCUGUGGUAAGACAUGUACUGAAGUACGCAUGUAUAUGUAACAACAUUUGGAAGAUCAAAAUGUUCUGUUUUGGAACAUGGCAUACGGAAUAUCGAGUUAUAAUAUGUAAGAGGGGACACACAAAACAACUUCCAAGAAUUAAGGCACUAAUACAAUAUGGUUCUGGUAUUAACAGUAAUUAAGUGAAGUUAAUUAAAAAACAGCUGUAUUGAUUAAUACAAUAAGAGAGGUUGAGUGAAAUUAUGUGAAUGGGUUCAGUGGGAGCUGAAUGAAGCAGGCCAGGUUCAACCGUUCAAGUUACGGCUGAUUUGGUGGUGGAACACGAGAAAAGACAUGUGGGAUUGUGUUUUGGCCUUGAGAUUAAUUUAAACGUUUGUCUAAGCUAACAGGUCACAAAUUUCAAGUAACUUGUUCCAGUAGAAAAAAAUAGUAAUUGAGCUUAGGAAGUUUCGUAGAGAUGUUUAUCUUAAGCUACACUACUAAAAAGAAAAUUAAUUGGAAAUAAGUUUUAAAAUAUGCUUGGGAAAUUUAACCAAUUUUGUAAAGCAAUAAACGUGACACACUCGUUACAAAACACAAGUAUUUCAAUGUAUAAUACGUGUUGAACGGUGAGGAAAACAAUACCACUGGUGCAUUCAUACAUCUUUCUCACUAUGAUAUCCAUAUGAAACUAUACAAUAUCUCAUAAGUUUGGUUUUCCAUUAUAUAUGUGUUGUUAGUCUAAGAAGCUAGACACUGAAAAUAUACAUACUAAUUACAUGUAUAUUCACACACGUAUAUUACAACUCAGUAUAUAUCAAACUAAUAUAUUAGUAUAUAGAUAAACUAACUAAAAUUAUAAUCUGUGAUUCAGCAAAAAAAAAAAAAACUAAAGUUAUAUAUGAAAGUGGUUGUAUAUUGUUUUGCGAGUAAAAACGACUCAAAGCAUCCCCAUUUUUGUGGGAUCUGUUUAUCUCAUUUGAGGCAAAAUGGCUCUAGUCACAUUGAAUCAGUCAAUAUGAUGAUAAACAAAACAAAUGACAAAGCAGUUACAAGUAUACUAUCUUUGAUGUACCAUAUACGCCCCCAAAUGGAUAGUCUAAUCAAAAGAUUAACACUUACAUGAGCUAUGUAAUUAGCUAUAUUUAGCUUACGGCAUUAUAAGAAUACACUUCAUACUAUUAAUCGGUGUUUCAAAAGAAAAAAAAUACUACUAUUAAUCAAAAAAAUAUAUUUUAUCGUCACUUAUUAUUGUAGUGCAUAAAAGAAUAAGGUAUGCAACCAAAUGGCCGACCAAUGUAUCUUGGUUGGUGUAUUUUCACAUUGUUAUGUAAAGUUUGGUGACGUGACUCAACCAUAAAAAAUUAAGAAUAAUUUUCUUAUGGAUAUCUACUCGUUUAUUUUAAAGUUUUAAACUAAAACGUACAAUGCAGACAAAAACUUAUAGCUAUAAAAACUCAUUCGAACGAGUAUCUUCCUCAUCAAAUCACUUAACCUUCUAAAGCUCAAGUCUCUCUUAACAAAAAUCACAGUCUUUCUAUCCCUACUUAAAGCUUCUAGAAGAUUCGUUCAUCAACCGGUUAUUCAAGGUAAAAAACAAAGCGGAAAUGGAAAGCAGCAUCAUGAAUUUGAAGAGAAAGGAGAAGAAAUCACAAAGUAGAAGACUUGGGAAGUAUCUUAAAGAACAGAAAGGGAGGAUUUACAUCAUUAGAAGAUGUGUGAUGAUGCUCCUUUGUUCACGUGAUUGAUAUUCAUUUAUUCGUUACGAUACAAUGUAACAUGUACAAAUUUAAACAUAUAUACAUGUACGUGUAUAUAUGUGUGUGUGAGUGUUCAGAAAUCAGGGUAAAGCAUGUAAACACACGUAUAAAUGUUUGUGCCCUAAUGCAAAAUUUUGUAAAUGAAAAAGUUACUUGUUACUACAACAUAUUGAUUGUUCAUCAUUUAUCGAAUCUUUGAAACAUAAAACAAAGAUUUAGCUAUUCUGAUUCUAAGUGCGUAUAGUAAAAUAGAAACUUGAAAAUACGGGCUAUAUGAAUUUUUCAUAAUUCACUCAUAUAGAAACAAUGUAGAUGCGUAUUUAAUUUAUACGUUUCAAAGGAUAAAGAAGAUGGCUACAUGUAUCUCACAAUACAUGAAAUAUAUUGACAAAAGAGCGGCCAUUGCAUUUCAUAAUACUAUAUGAUUUUUUCGAGGUAUGGGGAAUAAGAUAGUAGUAAUAUAGUAUGCUUCAUAUGCUGGGAACAGUGUCACAAAGUAUAGUUCAUUAAUCAAUUCGCAAGUUGGAAGAAGAGAUUGGGAUUCACAUGUAUAAAUAUGUAUGUAGCUUCCUCGAAAUCAUUCUACAUUUCCUUACAUUUCUUCACUCACUUGUGUUAUUAUCACUCCAUUGACUAUUUUUUCGUUUUGUUCCAUCUAAUACGUUAGAGUUUCUUAUUGUUAUUUUCUUUUAAUCCUGUGAUAAAAGCAUAAGUAAAAAUGCAGCAAAACUAAGGAUUAAUAUGGGAAAAACAAAGGGUCCCGAUAAAAAAUAACAAUACUUAAUUAAUUGGUUUUCUAAAAUAGUAGAGAAAUCCACUUAAAAUAUCUAAAUUUAUUUUAUAUGAAAUAUUUUUGAGUGGUUUUCUCCACUAUUUGAAUUAUAUAUAUAUAUAUAUAUAUAUAUAUAUAUAUCUAAGUUUAUAAUCUUGGCAAACUUUAGAUAUUGGAUAUUGGACGUGCUAUUACUCAUCUUUUUUUGGUAACUAAUUGACUUGAAUUUGACUUAGUAAGUAGGUCAAAUAUAAUACUCUUAAACAAUAUAUGAAAAUAAUAUAUCAAAGACUAAUUCUGCUCAAACUCAUGAGUCACAGAAGUGACAACACAAAGAGUUUAGCUUUCUAACAGCCAAAGAUGAAGCUUCUAAGACUUUCUCAAAAAUAAAAAAAACCAAGAGUACCUUGACUGAUCUUCUAAUGCAUUGAAGUUCACCAAAUCUAAUUGUUGUACAAUUCUCUGUCUAAGAGCAUUUCUAAAGAGACCUCUAUUUAAAGUUUGACAAAACUUCAAAAAUAAAAUUUAAGAGUGUAACUGGUAAAACAAUAAGGAAUUGAUGGAAUGAAAAAAAUUAGAAUGAUAGGAAUGGAAUACACCAAAAAAUGGAAUGAAAUUCAUUCCAUUCAUUCAUAACCAAAAUUGUUUUGGAAUCAUUCCUCUUUGUAUUUAUCUAUUUUUUUUGUGGAAUUGAUGGAAUGAGUAUUUCAUUCCAUUCAUGUCAAAAGGUGAAUUUUUUUUUGGAAUUAAUGGAAUAAGGCAUUCCACAUCAUUCCAUUCCAAAAAUUGACAAUCCAGUUGCAGCCUAAGAGUGUUUCUCACCAAAAAUAAAAUUUUAUAUUCAACUUUCGAACUUUUAUAUUUUACAUUAUAAGACUUUAACAAAACUUAACUAAAAGCAUAAAUCUUUUACAAUAUCUAUAAAAUAUCCAACAAAA